AUGUUUUCGGUGAAACCAGCCGGUUUUCCAGCAGAAAACCAGGGCCUCUUUGACGUCUUGGGUGACAUUCUUCAGCAAGCCAUGGAGUCUCCGGGCCCCUGGCGCCAGUGGGAGUCAGCUUCCAGGUCGCAGGCUGACAACGGAGAGAUCUUGCCGUUCUUAUUGGCCUUUUCCGAGGCAGCCUCCAAGCUGAAGGUUCCAGAACUGGUGGCCCUGAAGUCUCUGGUGGCCGCAGGGCGCGGCUGGAGAUCUGUGCUCUUGGAAGAACCCACUCCGGACAGCUUACACCUGCCAUGCCUGCGCUUGUUGGAUGCCUUGAUGGCAAGUCCAGAGCUUUUUGCCAUGGCACACCAAGCGGAAUCCCAGGAGAACGUCCUCUUGGCCGCCGCAGAUCUCUUAGUUCUUCCCUCGGUGGCUGAAGACGAACGCGAUACCUUGGAGAAGCAAAAGUGUCGAGUCGCAGCCUUGAAGCUCUUCAGCCGCUGCUGCGCUACUGCCAGUUUGGACUUCGUCUUGCAGCUGCGAGCGGAAGAGGGCAUGGAUACCGUGCUCCAAAGCUUAGUCCUGCUAUGCCACCACGAGUUGCUGUGUCUCUUGAUGUACGGCAACCCCUGGCGCAACGAAGAUCUCGAAGAGUCCAGGAAGCACCGGCUGCAGGCCGUGGACACGUCCCUCUUCCUCCUAGCGAGCCUUGCGUGGCAACUCUCUCCAUUGAAAGAUGGCCUGGAAACAGAGAAAUGGACCAUAGAAGGUCGGGUACCACGUGAGGCGCAGUUCGGCAGGCGGGGAUGGCCGAUGGGCCGAUGGGCCGAUGGGGAUGGCCUGGGGAAUGGGAAGGGGAUUUGCUAUGGAAAAUCACCAUUUUUUCGAGGUAAAUCAACGAUUUCCAUGGCCAAUUUCGAUAGCAAACUGUUAAAUUACCAGAGGGUACCCCAUGCAUUGAACAUAAUUGAGAAUGAUGAUGAUUAUAGUGGUUUGUUCAGGUGGGGUUAUUGGUAUUUGUGGGAGAAGAAGUGUUGGGCAUGGAAUUCUAAUACAGUGGAUUUCGUGCGAUACCCAUUUGUGGCCAUCAUCAACAGUGGAUUUUUUCCUAUGGCAAACAGUAGAGAAAUUGCAGAUCUCUCCAAUAAUUUCGCAUGGCAACGGAAAAUGCUAUUUGAAAUUGUAGAACCGUUUGCAAUGAGGGGAUUUCCAUAUUUUCAUUUCUAUCUUUGUUUGCCUUUCUCAAGAGAAUCAGAAAUCCUUUCUAGAAUUCCACUUGAGGAUUUUGUGGACGAAGCUUUGACCUCAGCGUCUCCGUUUCCCAAAGCGCAGGACCCAAGUGCUGCUGCCAUCCAUUGUGGACAUGGUCUUUGA